UGCAGGGUGUGGAGGGUGAAGGCGGCUGUGCUAUGAACUACGGAGCGACGCGUAUUUCUGUGUGGUCGAUGGCCCGCGUGUUCGACCCUACGGUGCCUGAGCUGUUCUCCCCUGUGACGCCGUCAAUGGUGUACAGGGCAACGUCUCGUGGUCUCACGUUGCUCCAGAUUUCAUCAAUUUUUAUUUUUUUUCUGCUGCUCGCAGUUGCUGUGGGUCUUUUUGGAUGCUGUCGUGACGCCCGUGACAACAACAACGCCCCGAAGGAGCCCACAGACCCCGUAACGGUUGUGUUCACUGACAUCGAGAGCAGCACUGCGCUGUGGGCUGCGUGCCCCGAGAUCAUGCCUGACGCUGUGGCGACGCACCACCGGCUGAUCCGGUCGCUGAUUGCGA